GCCCCAUCGUCCAGGGUGCACUCUGGGGCUACUCGAACUUCCUGCCACCAAUCAAUCAGCACAGGCGGUUUGUACGAAAACAUCGUCUCCGCAUCCACCACCGUACUAAUUAGCCACAUUUACCGUUUCCAUGACUUUACUGUGCCAGUAAAUUAGCAACUAAUUACACAAAACAUUCCGAAUUUAGACAAAAGUGUUUUUGGUGUACAGACCGUCGAAUAAUGGCUGGUUUAACAGAGAAGCGUUUGCGCGUGGUGGCGAUCAUUCACGCGCUCAAAGCUGUCGGUAUCCGCGUGAAAAACUGGAAGAAUUUUCUAAAUGGAGAUUCAAACGGUGACCAAACUUUUAUUCAGGAGAGCGCGUUACAACGCUUUGCUUUUGGACGUGACCUGCGCUUGCUCCCUCAACACGAACUGUCUGACAUGGGCGGUACAGUACCUCAGUUCCUGGUGGAGGCCUGUGGGUACCUGUCACAACAUCUGGAUACAGAGGGUCUUUUCAGGAAGACUGGUUCCCUGAGUCGUAUUCGGGCUCUAAGGGCAGACCUGGAGCAGGGAAAGCCCGUCUUUCUUCCCCCACAUGCAUCCCUCCUGCAGCCCUGUGAUGUUGCCUCUCUCAUCAAGCAAUUCCUACGUGAACUGGCAUCUCCUCUCAUCCCUACGGACCUCCAGAUCCCUCUGAUUCAGGCCCAGGGACUUGAGAUGACACAUGACCAGGAGGGAGCGAGAAGCAGAACAACACUGCUCAUAACAGCUCUGUUUCCUUCAUCCCACGCUCGGGCACUCAGAUACCUCUGCACCUUUCUUCGUCAAGUUGCAGAGAGAUGCAGUGAAAAUAGAAUGGAUGCUACCAGUCUGGCAGUUGUUAUUGCUCCUAACCUGCUUCAGUCUCCAGCACCACCUUGCAAACUCACUCUGGACACAGAGAAACAUUUAGACCAGCAGACAUCAGUGAUCAAAUCACUUAUUCUUCAUGCAGAUCGUAUUGGUGUUGUUCCAUCGUGUGUGCUGGAGGCAUCAAAAGCAACAGUGAGAACUGAGACGCCCUCUCCUGCAGGUGGCGCUAUGUUUAGUAAGAGGACAGGACUCAGUGUUUACAGAAGUCUGAGAAGACAGAGGCGGCGAAGUGUUGGUGAAAUAUUCGUAGAUGCUUUUUCCAAACUGAAGCCAUGUCGUACUCCCACUGGACCACCGAUAGUCUUAGAUGUCACACCAGUGACUCCUCUCUCAAAAAGCCCCACCCCUCAAUCACCAGUUACAGUCAAACGCAAAGCAACUGAGGAAUCACUUCCUGAACUUGAAGGAUCUGCAAGGAAAAGGCGGUCUCUGCAUGACCUAAGAGAGGACACACCGACAACCAUCACCCAGCCAGAGGAAUGUGAAAGCAGUCAUAGUACCCUGGAAGAAAAGUGUAGAAAAGAAGAUUCCAUUCCCACAACUUCCAAAAAGAGAAACCAAAUGAGAGAACAGCGGAAAUUUCUUGGGCCUCCAGCACAAGAAGAAAAGGUGCAUCGGAGAAGAAAAUCUCUCAGAUUUUUCACUGUGUCCAGUAGCAACAACAGUAACCCUCUUUCAGUGACACCAACACACAAAGACCCUGAAAACUUUUUCGAAGAACACCAAGAACAGCCUGACUUUAAAAGCGGUUCGCCACUUACAAAUGCUGAUGUAUCUCCAAAGAUACCACUUAUCCUCAUUGAUGGACCGGGAGGAGUAGUUGUUGGGAAUGAGGUGGAUGAUGACCCGGAUCUUCUCAACUACAGUUUUGCUGAAAACCCUAAUGACUGUCUAAACAUGGUUUCUGAAGUAACUUGCAUUCAAAGACAGGACAGUGAGGAACACUGCGAUGAUGAAUGCUGGACUGUACUCGAAAAUGAAAACUUUGAGCAGUUAGGACAAUGUGAGGUAAUACAAUCCAUCACUCAAAACAAGGAAUCUCAGAUAAAUGCAAGCAGAGAAGUAGAGAAUGAACCGGAGAUGAGGCAGCUAGAAGAGCAGCCUCGUAAAGAGUCCAAAAAAGUGAAGAACAGCUCUAAGAACCGAUCCCGUCCUCGUAGAUCCAUAAGCCUACCUGAGGUGACACUGGAGUCAUGUAUUGAUGAAAUGCCCGAGUUGGAAAAGGAAGUUGGUAGAGCGGAAACUGAGAUGAAUAACACUGUCUGGCCUAUGUUUGCAAGUCUGACCCUUUCAAAUGAGCAGGAAAAUGUAACCAUAGAGAAGAAGGUGUGUGUUAAAGAAGUGCAAGAGACCAAAGUUAAAACUUUAAAGAAUUAUAAACAAGACAAAAUGGCAGAUUCAACUCUUGGUUUCAAAAGACCCCAUCUGCGUUUGUCUGUGGCUGAGCGACUUAGAGGCUUUAGUGCUUUGACCUUGCUUCUCCGGACAUCACGCACAGCACCUCAGUUUCAGGAAAAAUCACAGGAAUCCCUUCAGAGGGGACCCACGCGUCUUCGGAGGCAAGGUGCUCGACGGUUUGGCCGGUCUAUCAGUCACGAGGGAGUGUCAGAGAGACCACUAGAGCAGAGCCCUGUGGGAUCUCCACCAGCAAAUCAGGCUUUCAUAGCUAUACAUGACGCUAGCCCUGAUUCAGGUGUGGAGUCGGUUGAUCAUGAGCCGAUUAUUGAUUUUAAUCAUCAAGAGGUGUGCAAGAUGUCACAAAAUUACCCUAAAGUUCAGGUGACAAAUGAUGUGGACGUGGAUUCUCUGAGCUCGUUGGGAAAUCCUAACCAAGAUCCAGAUUUGCCCACAACAGACAAAAUUGAAAAUCAGUUUCUCUUCAAGCAAACAGAGCAGGAUGUUGAGGAACUUGAUCUUCAUAAACUAUUGGAUCAGAAGUGCCACGUUGGUGGUCAUGGUGAAGAUGAUCAUCAAGAUUCAAAUGUUCCUGCAGAAGUUCUUACACCUGAUCUUGCGUCUCCAAUGUUCUUCCAGCAGAUGGUGCCAUUGAAACUCUUUGAAGACACAAGCUCAGUCGAAGACUUCAAAAAGUAUCAAGUCUCUCCUCUGAAUGAAAGCGAAAAGGAAACCCCCUCAUGGCUGAAUUCCAGUCCUCCGUUUGGGUUUCCAAAUUUUGCUCCUUUGUCAUUUGAUGGUGUGAUUUCUGAAGAUGACACAUGUAACGGGUUGCCCUGCGAUCUCUCCCCUCCAGCCUUUCAGUUCAGGCGUGUGACCACAAAGAGGCACUACAGAGACUCUCCCCGCUGGCCCUCACAUGAGGUGCGAAUGUCUGCUUGGAACCCGUUACCACUUUAAACGUUUAGUUCUUUUGAUUUUUAUUGGUUAAAUAAAUAUCAGUUCCCAAUGACUGGGAUCUGAAACUGGAUUGUGUAAUCAUUUAAUUAUUAUUUAUGGAACAAUGCUUUUAUUUGUGUUUUUAUGUUUGUGAGCUGUCACAAAUGUUCUUUGUUCUUAAUAAAAUCUUCGGUUUCAAUGGU